AGCCGCGGUUGCCGGCGCCGGCCGGUUCCCUGGGAGACCAUGUUUGCGGGGCUGGGAGCGGACAAGCAUCCGGUGCCGGAGUUUUACUCCCGGAGAAGGCGGUGGGACCGGCCGACCGCUUCCCUGCCGGAGCAGUUGGGAUUGCGACUGGGGAUGUGGUACUGGAAAGAUGAAACCAGAACUCUUGAAUUCAGAAGUUUUACACCUGCAGUGGAACUCAAGGAGAAAGGAAAGAAAGGCAAAGCAAUACACUUUGCUGAAACUGACGGUCCCGCUUCAGACAGGUUGACAGAUAAAAAGUUUGUUUCAAGAGAGGAUAAGUCACCUAAAGCCUUAGAGAAACGAGGUCAGCAGGGCAACGUGACACUACAUGAUGCUAAAUUUGUUGCUUUGUUUUUGCUGCAAGAUACUGAGAUGCAGCGGAUCUGUUCUUUUACAACAUUUAUGAGGAAUAAAAAUCUUGACAAUUUCCUCAUGGCAUUGUUGUACUAUUUAUCUCAUUACUUGGAAAAAAUCUCCCUGGAGAAGAAACCCAAAAGCUAUAUGGUGGGCCUUGUGGAGAAAAAAGAGAUGGAACUGGUUAUAAGUAAAUUAGAGGCGGCGCAGAAGUACUUGGCCCAGAAGUACUGCAUGCUCGUGCUGGGCUUGGCCAUGCCUGAUAAGCAUCACAUGUGCUGCGGAAAGGAGAAAAUAUCAGAUACACAAAAAGACUGGAAAUUCUUUGAGUCCUUUUAUACUUUCUGUACAUACGUAGCUUGGAUUGUCUUCCGACGUCAACACUUCACAGAGAUUGAGGAAGAAAUAGGGAGGCUCUUUCGUACCAAUAUGUUCAACAUUCCUCGGAGGAAGCGCGAGGAUGAAAAAUCAGGAGGGGGAAAGAAACGCAUGACUUUUGUACAAUUCAGGAGAAUGAUGGCAAAACGUCCAGCGAUUAAAAAAGCCAUUAACAUGCGCUCUCCGGUCCUGUCUACUCUGCUGCCAUCUCUCAGAGAAAAAGCUCAGAAUGUCUUUGAGAAAAAGAAUCAUCAAGGAGGCAUCAAACUCCCAGCCCAGAUACAAGAGCACAUGGAAAAUCUGGAGUCUGUGCCUAUGCCAACAGUUGGCAUCUUGGGGGAGCCUCGAUGUCUGUUCAACCCCCAUACCCUUCUCCCCCUUGAACCAGAAGAAAACACGAAAGCAGAUGGGAAACAUUCUUCCCUGAUAGAAAGAAAUAACAUGAAGAUCCAGGAUACACUGAACAUAGUUCUGAGAACACGGUCGUCUCAAACAGCAUUCCCUAAAUGAUCGGGUACCUUCCAUUUCUGUAAUUCAGUCCCCAUAUUUGAAGUAAACUACUUUGAUUUAAUCACUUUAUAUAGGACUAAUAUUUAUUAUUAUUAAACAAUUUUAAUUGUUCAAAUUAUUUUGUUAAAAGUUCAGUAGUAGACAAUCUCAGAAACCUCUUGAAAAGCUCAUUUUCCUAUAUUUACUAGUUUGCUGUGUUAUUUAUUUACUUCCUUGGCUUCUGUGUGACUGUUUAGAGUAACAUUAGGACAUUUAGCCAGUAUUCUAGUGGACUAGUAAAGAAACAUUCUGUGUUUAUUUGUUCCUACAUUCAUUUUUACUAUAUGAGAGGUGAUGUUUGGGACAUUCGAAAACUAAAUUUUAUAAAAAAGGAA